CGAGCGGCGGGAUCUCACUCCCUUUACCGCCAUCAGCGCGGACCUCUUUGCCUUGAGACCCGCUUCACUGCGCACUGCCAUUGAGCGAAGCCGCCAGGAAAAGGAAUUCCCUGGACUGAACCAAGAUGGCAGACAUUGACAAUAAAGACCAGGCCGAGCUGGACAUGGCAGACAUGGAGGACGUGGAAGAGGUGGAAGAUGAGGAAGCAGGAGAGGACGUCAACAACAAAGCUCGUCAGCUCACAGCCCAGAUGAUGCAGAACCCACAGAUCCUGGCGGCGCUGCAGGAGAGACUGGAUGGGCUGGUGGGGUCGCCGUCUGGCUACAUGGAGAGUUUACCUAAAGUGGUCAAGAGACGUGUCAAUGCCCUGAAGAACCUCCAGGUGAAAUGCGCCCAGAUCGAAGCCAAGUUCUACGAAGAAGUCCACGAACUGGAAAGGAAGUACGCUGCUCUUUACCAGCCUCUCUUCGACAAGCGGUGUGAAAUCGUCAAAGCGGCGUAUGAGCCCACGGACGAGGAGUGCGAGUGGAAGGCGGACGAGGAGGAAGAGCUGACCGUAAGUAAGCAGGAUGAAAUGAAGGAAAAGGCCAAGCUGGAGGAAGAGAAGAAAGACGAGGAGAAGGAGGACCCCAAGGGAAUCCCGGAGUUCUGGCUGACAGUGUUCAAGAACGUCGACUUGCUCAGCGACAUGCUGCAGGAACAUGACGAGCCAAUUCUCAAGCACUUACAAGACAUCAAAGUCAAAUUCUCAGAUCCAGGCCAGCCAAUGAGCUUCACGUUAGAAUUUUAUUUUGAACCCAACGACUUCUUCACAAAUCAAGUGCUGACGAAAACCUACAAGAUGAGGUCGGAGCCGGAUGAGACGGACCCCUUCUCCUUUGACGGGCCUGAGAUCAUGAGCUGCACAGGAUGCCAGAUCGACUGGACGAAGGGAAAGAACGUCACGCUGAAAACCAUAAAGAAGAAGCAGAAACACAAGGGGCGAGGCACGGUCCGGACGGUCACCAAAACGGUCCCCAACGACUCCUUCUUCAACUUCUUCAGCCCGCCAGAAGUCCCUGAAAGUGGAGAGUUGGACGAGGACUCGGAGGCCGUCCUGGCGGCCGACUUCGAGAUCGGCCACUUCCUGCGCGAGCGCAUCGUCCCCAGAGCGGUGCUGUACUUCACAGGCGAGGCCAUCGAGGACGACGACGACGACUACGACGAAGAGGGAGAGGAGGCCGAUGACGAGGAAGGCGAAGAGGAAGCCGACGAAGAGAACGACCCCGAGUAUGAUCCCAAGAAGGACGCAAACCCGCCAGCUGAGUGCAAGCAGCAGUGAAGCCCGAGUCUGUGGCCUUGAGGAUCGACCGCACUGUAACGGCUUCUCAAACAAAACAUAGUUACUUACCGCCUUAUAAUGUUUUGUAUUUUUCUUGGUAGAAAUAAAAAAAAAUAAAUAAAUAAGUAAAUAAAGGUUUCAACAAAUUUUUGUUACAAAACUCAUCAGGGGGCCAGUUCCAAAUCUCGGCUCAGUCUGCAUAGCAUUUUACUAGACUACGUUUUUUUUUUUUUCCCCCUCCCUCUGUACAAAUGGUUAGAAUGCAGUAAAUCUCCCGCAAAUAGCAUGAACUUCUUUCCUCACUGCUAAGUAGUUUGGGGUCUUGUGAAGUCUUUUGUUGUAUUGCUCUUUAGACAACAGCUGUGGAAAGACUGAAAUGGGGCGACGGAAAGGGGAAUGAUGAGAGACGCACAGUACCUUUUUCCAACCUAUUCCUUUCCUUUGCAACCAAACAAAGCUAUUGAUUCUGGCUAUCUGUGAGUUCAGUGUGUCUGUGCUUGUAGCUGUGCCUUCAUCACUUUGUCGUAGAAAAUGCCGUGCUGCAGUGACGUAGCUAGAACCUCUGCUUAACUGAACCCGUGAUGCGGUCUGAGGAAUCUUCUCAAUGCACUUUCUGCCUGUCUUGUUUUUUUUUAAUCUAAAAGGGUGAACUUGCACUUCUUAAAUCACUGCUUAAACAGUGUACCAUUUGGCUGUGGAAGCAGUCUUUUCUGAAGUGUUGCAUCCUGUCUUUCUCAGCCUCUACAUUCCAGUAUACAUGGGAUGGGACAAAUUAAAUUAUUAUGAAUUAAAAAAUUUAUUGGGAACCACAUUGAUCUAUUUCAUCUGAGAUUGGGAGGAUAAACUGACUGGUGGAAAACCUGAUAAGUCGAACAGAGGGGCUUGCUUUACGUUAAGAUGGCUCGUUUGUGGACCCAAAAUUUUUGGCAAACGUGGCACGUGUGAACUAGUUAUACCUUUAACAUUCCAAAUUGUUGAUUGCAGGUGGUAGUUCACAGGGGUGUUUGCUGAACAUUUUGCUGGCUCUAUAACCUACAUAUUACCAGGAAACGUAACAGAGCUGUUGUUCAUUUUGUAGCACUUUGUACAACUUUCACUCACUUGUAUUUUUUUUUCUGUAGAGGUUUGUUAUGGGUAGAUAAUCCUGGUCAUAAAUUAACCACCGAACAUGUACUGAUGAAGGCAACUGGCUUGUAUUUGAUGCAUGACGCCCAUUGGCUAUUAUUGCAGCUGUUAAGCAUUUCCUACUUGGAACCAGUCUAAGUUCUGACAGAUGGGUCAGUCACAGGAUGCAGCUAAACUAGCUAAACUAACCAAACUAAAAUGUUCAGGGGGGGGGAGGAUGGCACGCACUUUGGUUUUGUGGAAGGAAUAGGUUUGAAUGGUUAACCAAAAACUAGCCAAAUCCAGUCUUGGGGCGGAACACGGGUCAGACUUUCAGCCAGCCGAAUUGCAUGCAGAGGCGACAGCCAAGGUUCGAGUCUCAGAUGUUCAUUUUUGAGCAGGACCUGUCCGUUUCCCCUUGAAUGCAGCCAUGUCCAGGUUAUCACUGUGAUGUGAACUGAAAUGUAUGACAGGAUG